CAAACAGCUGAUGAGGUAAACAAAAUUCAGCUGUACGAGGUUGUUUACCUCCAAGGAGGGUGGUAUUCUGUGUUGUUUUUAGAAAUUAGUUCAAAAUUUCCCGUGAAACAUGGCACAAAUGGCUAUAACAUUGCUCACCCGAGCAAUCGAAUAUGACAUCAAUGGACGAAAGCUGGAAUCGCUCAAGCUGUACGAGGAUGGCAUCGAGGCACUGCUCAAGGAAUCUAAAGCCGAGGUCGACCCCAAGCGGAAGCAGCACUUCCAAAGCAAAAUCCUCGAGUACAUGGCCCGCGCGGAACAGGUCAAGGAGCAAAUCACCCGGUGGCGAAGUCGGGGUGAAAUCCGCGACAAGAUCCACGUCGUUGAGGGUGCCACCGGGUACAGCUAUGGGCGCGUGUUUGGCAAGUACAUGACCGACGAGGUGAAGGAAAUUAUGAUCGAAGAACCGUACGUCCGGGAGCAUCACCAGCUGUGCAACGUGGUCAUGUUCUGCGAGCUGGCCGUGAGUAGCUGUAAGGCGUUGAAGUUCGUCAAGCUGAUGACGGUGAGGGAAAAGAAAAACAACGACGAACAGGCGAGAGCGUUGCAGAUACUGAAGGACAGCGUCAAGAAGCAGGGUGUGGAAUUCUUUGUGGAGUACUCGGAGCACAUGCAUGAUAGGCAAGUUAUAUUAAGUAAUGGUUAUAUUGUUAAAAUUGGACGAGGGUUGAACUACUUCAAGCCACCUUCUAGCAAAUACAGUCUCGGAGCGUUCAAUUACCAAUAUAGGGAAUGUAGAGAAACAAAUAUCGAUGUUUUUUACUGUCCAGAAAAUAAUAAAAUGUGAUUUUUAUUACCCAAAAAA